UCGGCAGAAUCCGCGGCGUCCGUAGAAAAUCUAAAUCCGUCCGAGCCGAAGAAGAGAGGCCGUCCGUCCGACGUCGGCCCGCUGCCUCCGAGAUUCAAGCAAGCCAGCGAUCGCGCCGCGCGGCAUAUAAUAAUAAAACGCGUCGAGUUUUUACCGUGCGCGGCGUUCCCCGGCUGUGCACGGAUCAACGUCGCGUUCUCGACCGAAAUCUUUUGGGAGAGACCAGUUUUUUUUACACAUCUCGGUCGUUCCCGACGAGGGAGCGAAAACCUCUCCCUGCAGGACUUCGUCACUCCGGCUGGAGAACGAUGAUUCGAGUGGACGAGACCGAUCCGGUCGGCGAGAUCGAGCCCAGCUUCCCCUAUCGCGACGUGGCGGUGAGGCAUGGUGUUCAAUUCGCGGACCAGUAUGACAUCGAAUCGGAAAUUGGCAGGGGUAAAUUCGGAACGGUCUAUAGAUGCAAGGAAAAGUCGAGCGGUCUUCACCUCGCCGCCAAAGUGGUCAACACCAAUCGCAAGGAAGACAGAAGGACCGUCGAACGGGAAGUCGAGAUCAUGCGGAGGCUCCAGCAUCCCCGGCUUAUACAACUAUACGACGCAAUCGCGACCGGAAACAACAUUUACGUAAUACUGGAACUGAUCACGGGUGGCGAACUGUUCGAGAGAGUGAUCGAUGACGACUUUGUCCUGACUGAAAGAAGCUGCGCCGUUUUUAUGCGACAGAUAUGCGAGGGUAUCGAGUUCGUCCAUGGACAGAACAUAUUGCACCUAGAUCUCAAGCCCGAGAACAUCUUGUGCCUCACGAAAGAGGGAAACCGAAUAAAGAUAAUAGACUUUGGACUAGCGAGGAAAUACGAUCCGAACAAGAAGCUCCAAGUUUUGUUCGGUACUCCGGAAUUCGUGGCACCGGAAGUUGUAAACUUUGACCAAAUCGGUUUCGGCACAGACAUGUGGAGCAUUGGCGUGAUCUGCUACGUUCUGUUAUCGGGACUCUCGCCAUUUAUGGGAGACACCGACAUUGAAACGAUGGCGAACGUGACCAUUGCAAAAUACGACUUCGACGACGAAGCGUUUGCCGAGAUAUCCGACGAGGCGAAAGAUUUCAUAAAAAGUCUUCUAGUUAAGGAUAAGGGGGGGCGCGCUUCGGCGUCGCAGUGCCGCGCUCACGCUUGGCUGACCCGGAAGAGCCCCCCCGCCCCUAGUCCCAAGAUUCCCUCUCAGCCGGAAGUAGUGCCGGCAAAAGAUAGCGAGAUCAGGAACGGGGUGAGGGAGGAGCUCGAAGUAACCAAGGACAAUCUGAGGCUGUUCGUGGAACGGUGGCGCGAGCACCCCGACAGUCCGUACGCGGUUGACGCGGCGUUUUGCCCGGGCUGCCUGCGACCGGAAGCAGCGGACCUUGGGGAGUCCCUCGUCGGCGGUCUCGAGUCGAUAUCAACGCGGGGUCAGAGUCCCUCGCCGUGCGGAAGCCUCUGGAGUUCCGGGGACUCGGUAAACGGGGACAACACGAUCCUGCUCACAGUACCGGGGUCUGGGUCGAGGGGGGCCUUUGAUAGGCGGGCCUCGGAGGGGACGGGGACGGGUGCCGAGAAGCAGCGGGAUCCGGCCGCUCAGAUCGUCCUCGCCGAGGAGAUAAUCAAGCUGUCCGAGCACCUACGCGCCAUCGCGUUGGGCCCACGUCUUGCGGGGACCAACGUCGAGGGGGCGGCGCCGCGUUCUCCGGCCGUGCUGGUCGAAUCCGCGUCGAUCGGCAGCCACCUGGAAGCGGGUGGAAGGCGGAAGCCGAGCGGCGUUGAGAGGAGCGCGGAGAUCAGGCCUGCGGAGCCAUCCCCGGCAGCUAGGGGAAACGAAAUAUCCGAAAAACUGUCGAGGAUCGUUAGGCAGAGAAAGACCAACGGCACAGCUUUUGGCGGGGUGGGAAAAUUCGCCAACACGAAGGAGGGGCCCGUCGACGUCACCCCUGGGUUCGGGCCAACGACCAGGAAGACUCGGCGCCCCCCGGAGCGAAGCGACGCCGUCCUCUCGGAACACCAGAACACCACGGCCAGCGUCAAAGCCGCAGAAAGGACCGAUUCCGGUUGGAGAACACGCGCCCCCCUAGUGCGGACGAGCUGCUUUUCCUCCUUCAACUCCUCCACGAUAUCCUCCUCCUCCUCCUCCUCUUCCCCGCAAAACUCGAGGCUGCAGGACGAUCGGACCACCGAUCCGAUGCCGAUCAGGGUGCCGCCCGCUGUAAACGCCGCGAAGGAAGUCGACCUGACGCCUCCGUGGCGUCGAGCGAAACUGCACCGGUUCACGGAGUCCGGUCGCGACGUGCCGCGGAUAUCGAAUCUCCGGGAUUUGCACCGGAACCUGAACCUCGACGAGCCAACGAGCACGAAGAAUCUACUUCUGCAGUUACUCGAGGAGUGGGACGACGGGCAUACCGGAACCCGGCAGAACGGCAUCGGCCGGAAGUCGGUCAGCCUCGACUGGUGCGGCGAAGAAUCCGUCGCCAGGCGCUCGAUGAACUCCUUGGCCGAGUACUUCCAGUCCGAGCAGCAAAAACCGCCCCCUGUCGACCCGACGCCCUCGGUUCACCGCUGACCGGGGGCACCGUCUCUCCCUGUUACUGCAAACGCCUCGACUUUUCGUUCUCUAUACCGGCGCGGCACAUUCGCGGCUUUGCCUUUUCCUCCAUUUCUACUGUUCUAGCCCGAACAAAAGCAAACAAAAUACAUAACUUAACGUAAUAGAACGAUCCUUCGUUCGCCAGCUGCUCGAUUCCCACUUGCCUAAUUAUUAACCGUAGCAUUGUACUUCCUCGUUUCGCCUAUGCGACUUACACUCUAGGAGGGUGUUUUCUACGGCUUGAUCGAUUGAUAUUGCACGCUGUAGGUAUUGUGGUUGGGUUAGUGAAUUUCGGUGCAAUUCACAAAUCGAGCAGUUUAAUUAACCCCUAUAGGACCGAAAGCCGAUACACCGGCUCGAAAGUUGUGUCAUCUUUUUCACCAUCCAACCCAAUGACAGUAACGGUAAAGGCUUGGUACUUGAAACUGGAAAGUUGAAAAAAUAUGUCAAGGUCCUGUAAGGGUUAAUAUCGAGUUAAUCAAAGCUUAUUGAUAAUGCACGGAAAUAUAGUUAAAUAAUAAAUAUAAUAUAUUAUAUAAAUAUACAAAAAGUACUGUUAUACACGUGUAAACACAGAAUGAAGGGUAUAUCGUAUUACCUGUACUAUAUAGUAUACAUGUAUUUUCCGUCGUUCAUAAUACGAGAGUUGUACCAGAAUUAAGGCAGAAUAAAGACUUUUUAUUCUUCGAA